GGUGCCUGACGCGACGUUGAAUACCGUCUUCCACACUAUCGUGUUCAACACGCGUUUAAUUGAAUAAAUUUGUAUGUUCAUCUGGCUACCUCAUCUUGAAAAGAAUAGCAAUAAAACAAAACUUCAACAUUUGAGCCGUAACUAAGUACGCACCGCCUGAUCUCGCCGCACGCCACAACACGCUUUCAAAUCCAUUGAGAAACGCGAUAAUUCUUAUCGUCGAACAAUUUUAAGAACAAUUUCGUAAUCGAGACACACAAUAACACUUCUUGGGAUGGCCCGCGACGCAGUCACGAUCGAGUACUGCCUGCAAGAGGUUCGAUUACGAUGCACCCCGCCCUGAUAUGGCCCCUCGCGCUCUGUUGUCUCUGUUUGUUGCUUUACCUGUGCACCUUCAGAUCGUACCUGAAAGGAGUAAACGGAUCGAUCGCUCAGCGGAUCGUUGCCAUUCCACCACCGGCUCUCGGCUCUAAAGCGCAUCUUCACUCUGCAAUCGCCGUUUUUGUGAUAGACGUUGAGGCCAAUUUAGCUCAAAGCAACGUGUACGUGGGAAGUCCAACGCUGAAUUACGAGGCGAUAGUGUUAGCGGAAAAACCGAAACGGCGUGCCGGCAGCGUGUCACUGAGGACGGAUAGUUUAUCCAAUUUGUUGUUCUGCGAUGAGAAUACAUCAAGUGCUUAGUUUA